GCGCCGAAAAUUUCCUUCAAAAUUGUUUUACACUUGGUAGGCAUGAUCAGAUUGUUCCGUCCUAGAACACUGCAUUCAUAUAGUAAUUUUGUCACCCAUCAUAAGAUUACUACUUGGAUAUGCUCUACGCAAUGUUGGUUCUCGGCGCAAGCGGCAAUAUUGACCCCAACUUCGAUGGAGUUUCCAAGCGCAGAGUUCGAUUCUCAUGCAUAUGGUGCUUUGCUUCGACGUUGUAUCCAAAACGAUGACCCCAUUACAGCAAUGGGUCUUCACUGUGAGAUUAUAAAGAGGGGUAACUGUUUAGACUUGUUUGCUACUAACAUUCUCAUGGAUAUGUAUGUAAAAGCUGGACUUUUGUCUGAUGCAAGCAAAUUGUUUGAUGAAAUGCCUGAAAGAAAUACGGUGUCUUUUGUAACAGUGAGUCAAGGGUACGUGCAGUCUCAACAAUUUGUUGAGGCUGUGGGGAUUUUGUCUAGGUUGCAUAGGGAAGGUCAUGAGCUUAAUGAAUUUGUUUUUACUUCUAUUUUGAAGGUGCUUGUAAGUAUGGGGUGGGCAGAAUUUGGUUGGACCAUUCAUGGUUGCAUUUAUAAGCUUGGUCUUGAUUCUAAUGCUUUUGUUGGGACUGCACUUAUUGAUGCAUAUUCUGUUUGUGGAUCCACUGAUAGUGCUAGAGAAAUUUUUGAUGGGAUUGCAUGCAAAGAUAUGGUUACUUGGACAGGGAUGGUAGCUUGCUAUUCUGAGAAUAAUUGUUUUGAGGAGGCAAUGGAGCUAUUCUCUCGAAUGAGGAUGGCUGGGUUUGAACCUAACAAUUUUACUUUUUCUGGUGUUCUUAAGGCUUGUCUUGGACUGGAGGCCUUUGAUGUGGCAAAAGGUGUCCACGGCUGUGCUUUAAAAACAAAUUAUGAGCAAGAUAUUUAUGUUGGAGUUGGAUUGCUUGAGUUGUAUACUGAAUAUGGGGACAUAGGUGAUGUAAAAAAGAUUUUUGAGGAGAUGCCUAAGAAAGAUGUAAUUGCUUGGAGUUUCAUGAUUUCACGUUUUGCUCAGAAUGACCAGAGUGAAGAGGCAUUGAAACUGUUUUCUAAAAUGAGGCAAGCUUUUGUUGCCCCUAACCAGUUCACAUUUGCAAGUGCCCUACAAGCUUGUGCUACCACGGGGGAUGUAGAGCUAGGGAAGCAAAUCCAUGGCCUUGUACUGAAGGUUGGUCUUGACUCUGAUAUUUUUGUUUCGAAUGCCCUCAUGGGUGUCUAUGCUAAGUGUGGGAGGAUUAAGGAUGCAGCAAAGCUAUUUGAGGAUUAUCAGCACAAAAAUGAGGUGACUUGGAACACUAUGAUUGUUGGCUACAUUCACUUUGGGGAUAUAGAGAAGGCAUUGAAUUUGUUCUUUAAAAUGCUUGAAAACUGCAUUGAGGCAACUGAAGUGACAUACUCUAGUGUUCUGCAUGCUGCUGCUGGUUUGGCCACAUUGGAGCUAGGAAUUCAGAUUCACUCCUUAACUGUCAAAAACAGUUAUGAAGAGAAUACUGUGGUUGGUAACGCUUUAAUUGAUAUGUAUGCCAAGUGUGGAAGAAUUAAAGAUGCACGUUUAGUUUUUGAUAUGAUGAAUGAACGAGAUGGAGUUUCAUGGAAUGCUAUGAUCUCGGGAUAUUCUAUGCAUGGUCUAGGUGUUGAGGCUUUAAAAAUAUUUCAAAUGAUGCAAGAAAGGGGGUGCAAACCAACCACUGUAACUUUUGUGGGUGUGCUAUCUGCAUGUGGCAACUCUGGACUUUUGGAUCAAGGGCAAGCUUAUUUUCAAUCUAUGGUUCAGGACUAUGGCAUUGAGCCAUGUUUGGAGCAUUAUUGUUGUAUGGUAUGGCUUUUGGGGAGGUUGGGCCAUCUGGAUAAGGCUGUUAAGUUGAUUGAGGACAUCCCAUGUAAACCUAGUGUUAUGUUGUGGCGUGCAUUACUUGGUGCCUGUGUUAUUCAUAAAAAUGUUGAGCUUGGAAGAAUUUCUGCUCAGCGUAUUCUUGAGAUGGAACCCCAGGAUGAGUCAACCCAUGUACUGUUAUCUAACAUAUAUGCCACAGAAAGGAGUUGGAAGGAUGUCAGAUCCAUUAGAAAAAGUAUGAAAAGUAAAGGAGUGAAGAAGGAACCAGGUCUAAGUUGGAUUGAAAACCAGGGCACAGUUCAUUCUUUUGCUGUGGGGGAUGGUUCGCAUCCUGAGAUGAGAGUGAUAAAGGGGAUCUUAGAGUGUUUGAGGAUCAGAACAAGGAAGUCUGGUUAUGUUCCCAACUAUAGUCCUGUUUUGAUUGACAUUGAGGAUGAUGAAAAGGAACGCCAUCUGUGGGUACACAGUGAAAGAUUAGCCCUAGGUUUUGGACUAUUUAGAACACCACCUGGAAGUGAUAUUCGUAUAAUUAAGAAUCUCCGUAUAUGUGUGGAUUGUCAUGCUACUAUGAAAUUAAUAUCAAAAAUUCUACAGCGAGAUAUAGUUAUUAGAGAUAUGAAUCGUUUCCAUCACUUCCAAGAUGGAAUAUGCUCUUGUGGUGAUUACUGGUGAUUAAAGUGCCUUGAUGAGAUUUGUCAAUUUUGGGAGGCUAGAGUUUUCAUCUACCCCAUGAAGUCCAUAUUCAUGGAUGCUUCCUCAGGUUGCUGCCUUUAGGUCAUUCCAGCUCUACUAACAACUAUUUGUGGCAUUUAACAUGAUGAGUUGGCCAACUGCACACAGUGUGAGGUGGAAUCCUUGAGAGAAUUUCCUUAUCCACUUGUCCAUGGAUGCUACUGAUAGACUUCUGCAGAGGUUGAAAUACUGUAACCAUUUUUUGGCACACCCUUUAAACAGGGAUGCGCAUGGAACGUGAAACAACUUAUUACGCCAAUAGAAGAAAUCCCCAGGCAGAGAUUGUCUGCAUCUCAACUUACAAUUAUUCGAAGCAUGCAAUUGGAUGCACAAGUUUGUUUGCGAUGGCCUCAUUGGACGUGUUUAAUCUUGGCCUAAUCUUGAUGAAAUAUAUAUGCAGUUGAUAUUGCAUAUCCUAGCAAUCAGAUGCCGCACCAUUAGGUUUGAAAUAUUGAUGUUUGAAAAUACAAGGACGGGCCUGCUUGGCAGAAAACAUUCAUAAAGAGAUUAUGUACAUUUCUUUGAGCUGCCUUUCUUUUUUGUUUCUCAUUGAAGGAAAAUCCUUUUGUUUGAUGUGGAAAGAAGGCUGGAUUAGAUGGCACCUCACCUACACCAUGUAAUGAGAGUUAGGGAGUUGGUUCAGGAUGUCCAGUGAUUAAGCCCUUUUACAAAGUGGAUUGAUGCAUAUCAAGAAAUUAUCAUCCCUGUUACAUCUCAACCUUGAAAGACAAUUUCUUGUAUUCAAUCUGCUUAGUGUAAAUUAGGCUGGGCCAAAAGAUAGUAAUUACAAAUUAGUGGGGGAAAUUUUGAUGUGUCAGCAUUCAAGAUUAUUUGAAUGCACAAGAUCAAUAUAGGGGCGUGCUUUGA